UUUGCAUACCAAGGACAAGGAGUUGCAAAGCCUUAGGCAAGAAAGCAAGCCAGCAGUCUAUACAUAUUUGAGUCACAUAGAAGCAAGACCUGGUUCUUAGAGGUUCCGCGACAAUGCGACAAAUGACGACCAUUUCGGUUGGCAUUGUUGUGCUUGCCACACUUGUUUUGGCAUCCGAGGGUCGCAUUGCCCGGAAGGACUUAGGCCUAAACCUUGGUGGUGUAGGCUUGGGGACCGAUACAGGUGUCAAUAUAGGGGGUAACAUUGGCAUAGGUGGUGCCGGCUCUGCAUCGGGGUCUGGUUCUGCGUCUGGAUCAGGGUCGGGAUCAGCCUCUGGUUCGGGGUCUGGCUCGGGGUCUGGUUCGGGCGCUGCAUCAUCAGCAGGUUCGGGUGCAGUUUCUGGUGGGGGGUCUUAUGCUGGGUCUGGUGCAGGCUCAGGCUCAGGUGGAGCCUCUGGCUCUAGUGCCGGCUCAGGCUCAGGUGGAGCCUCUGGUUCUGGUGCGGGUUCAAGCUCGGGUGGAGCUUCUGGCUCUGGCGCUGGUUCAGGUGCAGGCUCAGGUGGAGCCUCUGGCUCUGGUGCUGGUUCAGGCUCAGGUGGAGCCUAUGGUGGAGCUUCUGGCUCUGGUGUCGGUUCAGGCUCAGGUGGAGGCUCUGGUUCAGGUGCUGGUUCGGGAUCCGGUUAUGGUCAGGGGCAGGGAAAAGGCGAAGGCCAGGGCCAAGGGUCUGGAUAUGGCCAGGGUUCCGGCUCGGGCCAUGGACAAGGUUCGGGCUCUGGUUCGGGUUAUGGUGAGGGACAUGGUGAAGGUUAUGGACAAGGACAUGGUGCGGGAUCUGGAUAUGGUGAGGGCCAUGGCGAAGGUUAUGCUCAAGGUAGUGGUGUCGGGCAAGGAUCCGGAUACGGUGAGGGCCAUGGCGAAGGUUAUGGUCAAGGAAGUGGGGUCGGGCAAGGAUCUGGAUAUGGCGAAGGUCAUGGCCAAGGCUCUGGUUCAGGCUCUGGCUAUGGUGAAGGCUCUGGUAGUGGUUAUGGAAAUGGGGCGGGCUCGGGCUACGCUGAAGGUCAUGGAUAUGGGUAUGGAUCUGGACAUGGCAAAUGAUUAAGACGUGGACUACUGCAGUAUUAAUAAUGUGUGGUUGUCUCAAGCUUCAUGUUUACACUUGGACAUCAUCUAUGUGUGUGUGGCUUCGAUUCUAAGGGGCUGAGUCUAACUAAAUUGGUGGAGGGUCAAAUGUAUAAUCCUACCAUCUAGGUUCAAGUCUUUGACUCGAACUUUAGAGUGUAUGUUCCACCCGCCAUAUUAAUAGUACACGUAGGUUCUCCUAUAUGUGCUAUAAUAUACACUUAUUUAUUAAUAAAUUCCAUGUUGAGUGAAUAA